AGGUCGUCUAUCCAGGACAGAGCUUGAAGUUCUUCGUAGGCCUCCGCCGGCGGGCGGAGGUGGUGGUGAUGUGCAGCAACUCCGCUGUCGAGGACCUGCCGGCCACGCUAAGAGUCGUGCACCGCUGCGUCCACGGCGAAAGGACGACCCCACUUUCGUUCCUGUCGACUCCUCUCGCAUCGGCUUUCCGAUGACGCGGAGCGAGAAGACGGUGUGGGUAGCGACGCUGUGCUGUUGGCAAUGAGCGGUAGCCGCCUCCUGAAGGUAACCGUAGCCCUCGCUACCAUCCCAGGCCGGUAGCAGUAGCUUACAGCGGCCGAUGUCACUGCAACUGAGAAUGCCUUGAUUGAUCAGUUCUGGGUGAUCGACACGCGCUUCCGCCUCUCGGUGCACUGGCGUUCCAUGGCGCGCGCCGAGUGGCCGCCUCUGUACAUCCCUCAGUGGAGCGAGUCCUGUGGCGGGCCCCUUCUCCAGACGCCUUGCAGACACCUCGUCGAUGAUUAUGACAGCGCUGCCACGAUGAGUCUGCAGGAGGAGAUCGCCACGAGGGAUACCUCCGCAUCACCGAGUACCGUUCGGCGAGGUUGGCCCUCAUCGCUCUACAGCAGAUCAGCACCGCGCUCUCCGCUGAAGGGACCGGUGGGCAUAUUAACCAUGCGCCCUUUCCGAUUGUACGCAUUUUGUUUGUUCGGCAGCUCUACACAGAGGCCACCCCAACCAUGACGGCGGUGCUGCGGAACACGGCGGUGCAAGUCGGGGUGAGGCGUUGCCGCGAGAACCGCUGUGGCGAACCUCUCCGUUGCGCCUUGGGAGACCGCAGUGCUAAGGAGAACGUCGUUGCGCUCGAUCGCGUGUCAGCAAGUAGCAGCACGCUAGGUUAGGAGAGCAAGGCCCUACUACAGCAAUGCAAAGCCACCUGCCUCGCCUCUAAUAAAUAUGUUCGCCAGCCGUCAAAGACGUUGGCCGCCGCCUACGACGUGGCCUAUGCGAAGCAGCUCGUAGUGGAGGGCUACGCCUGUGAAGUGAUGGUCCCUGUCGGUGAGGCUGAAAGGCAAAACGGUGGAGACGGUGUGGCGUGCGAUUCAGGCCUAUCCAUAUGAAAGCGGCGAUGCGGACGUGCUGAACAUGGACCUCGGUGAUGUCGCUAACUCUGUCGCAGAGCGCUUUAGCUACAUAAAAGACGCGCCGUCGGUGGACCUGACGAGUUCCCGCCACGUUGUGUGGGGAGCAAUGCGGGCGCGCAUGGUGACCAGCAUCAACUCCAAUGCACUCGAGAGUAAGCUGGAGGACGAGCUCAACGACUACGAGGAGCGAAGCAACAAGAUAUUGAUGGAUGCGUGA